UUAUCUCUAAACUACCAAGAUUAAAUUUAGAGGGUGGUUGUAUUUAGGCGUUUGUGGCUCGAUAUUGAUUUGAUAAAACUCCUGACUUAAUUGUAGAUCGGUUAUGGCGAAUGCGCAAACGGAUGAACGGUACAGCCAUCUAACUGCUCCCGAAAAAGGUGAGGGGAUAGAUUUCACGAUCGGGUUUCCAGAUGGUGACAAGAUUCCAAUUCAGCUCAUGCGGGACGCCUAUGUCCAGUUUUUCGAGGAAAAGAAACACCGGUCAGACUUCUUCCAGUACGGGGUGCACUCGGGCUAUCCGAAGAUAAGAUCUCUUGUCGCCGAGUUUCUGAACAGAUGUUACCAAUUAGCAGCAAAAGAUGGGCCGAAAAAAGAGAUUGAGAAGGAAAACAUAGUUAUUUGUGGCGGCGUUUCGUUCGGUUUGGAUAGAAUUCUGACAGUUCUCGGAGUGGACAAGAAUGCAAUAGUGUAUUGUGAGGAACUGACUUUCUUCUGCUUUCUCAACAUGCUCAGGGAGAGAGGAUGUGAAGUGAGAAUGAUACCAUUCACAAAAGAGGGAGUAAUGGACUUGGAUUGGCUGGAGACGGAUUUGACAAGUAUUGAUGGAGAUGCGGCCAAGCCAAUUUUAGUGUUUACCAUGCCUACAUUCCAUAACCCAACGGGAGUCAUUAUGCCACUUGAGACCCGGAAGCAACUGGUUCAUCUAGCGCACCAGUUCGGUUUCUACAUCGUAUCCGACGAGGUCUACAGCACACUCCCCUUCUCACAGAUUCGAAACUGUAUUCCUCCCUCGCUUGCUCUGCUAGACGACAACGCGAAUGGCAGAGUCAUGUCUCUUGGGUCUUUCUCAAAGGUCCUCUGCCCUGCUUUGAGGUUCGGAUGGAUACACGCUUCGUCAAUGUUGUGUGGGAAGUUGGGAUCUGCAGGCGUUGUGGUUAGCGGGUCCCCUGCCUGUCAUUUAGCAUGUGGUCCUAUGGAGAUACUCUUCAGAGAUCAUACAAUCGACAAAGUUGCUGUGCAAGCUGCAAAUGUGUUGGAGCGGAAGUUCUCUGCUCUCUGGAAAGCCCUACAGCAACACCUGCCGAAAGAUUGCAGUCUAAAUCCCUUCGACAGAAGAGGUCACAACAUGGCGCCUCAGGGUGGUUACUUUAUGAUCAUACAAACACCUCUGGAGAUGUCUGCAUUUAAGCUGUCUCAGUUUUGUAACGAGAAGUUCAAUUUGAAAGUGAUGCCAGCAUCGAUGUGUGGAGAUAGUCGCGAUGAUAGAUUGAGGUUAUGUUUUGCUUACCACAAAGAAGAAGAGCUGAUUGAAGGAGCAAGGAGACUUGGAGAGGCAAUACGAACUUUGAAAUAGUUGUUAUUUAUUCUUUCAAAUGUCUACUGUGCUGUACUCUUUCGCUGCCAAAGAAAAUGGUGUGAAAUGGAUUAGUAAAAUAGAUCACAGGUUGUAAAAUAGAUGAUUAGCCGUUUA